GUGGAGAACUCUAGGUACAUCACUAUUUCUGUUUUUUAUAAACAAAAAUAGAUGAUUAGCACUUCGAUUCUCUCCAGAGGUGGCCGAGGAAUAAGGUUCCUACCAUUUCAUCGCCAUUUAAUUCCUGCUAGUACUACCUGUUCCACUACUACACUUGCCACUCUUUCCUCCCACCCAAACCCCACUUCUUUCAAAAUCGCCACUAAAAACCCCGCUCCUUUCCAAAACAUCGUGAAAUCCUCGUCACCAGUUCCUGGGAUUGUUGGGUUUUCAAUGAUGGCGUCUGCAACUGCUGGAGAAGAUGGUCAUUUCAAGUUGUCUGAAACCAGUGUGCUUAAAAUCAACAAGGGUGAUAUUACUAAGUGGUUUAUUGAUGGCUCCUCUGAUGCUAUUGUUAAUCCAGCAAACCCGAGAAUGCUCGGAGGUGGUGGCGCUGAUGGAGCCAUACAUAGAGCUGCUGGCCCAGAACUUAAAGAAGCAUGCUAUAAGGUACCAGAAGUUCAACCUGGUAUUCGUUGUCCCACCGGAGAAGCAAGGAUUACCCCAGGAUUUAAACUGCCAGCAUCUCAUGUGAUUCACACUGUUGGACCGAUUUAUGAUUCCGACAAGGACCCUAAAGGCUCACUGAGAAAUGCAUACAAAAAUUGCUUAACUGUGGCUAAAGAGAACAACAUUAAAUACAUUGCAUUUCCUUCCAUAUCUUGCGGUGUAUACGGGUACCCUUAUGAGGAAGCAGCUACAGUUGCUUUAUCUACUAUCAAAGAAUUUGCCAAUGACAUUAAAGAGGUGCACUUUGUUCUAUUUGCUGAUGAUAUAUACGAUAUUUGGACGAAAAAAGCAAAGGAAUUGCUCUAGGUUUAGUGCAUGCUAGGAACUAGAAUUGAGAACUUCUUCAUGCUUGAGGGUGUAUUGGAUAAUAAAUGUACCUGAAUUGGCAUGGACCAAUUAACUUUCUGUUGGAUUAUGUAUUGUGAGGAAUGCAUAGAUGCCAUAUGCCAAUGUGCUUAAAUCUGGAUUUUAUAUAUGAUUGGUGCAGUUUUGUUUUUAUAAAAUAAUCUCAUUUUAGGUUUUGAUUA